AUGAUGAGGCUACAAAUGCCUCUUGAUGGUCUUGUCCCGGGCUCCCAAAUCGACCAGUCCAGAUCUACAAAAAGAGCUCUUAAAUAUAAGCUAAAGCUUAGGGAGGCAAAGCUCGACAAGAUAGUUAGAGCUAUAAAUUAUGCCAAGCUCGAGAAGGAGGCUGCUGAGCUGAAGUUGAAGCUUGUUGAAUUAGAGUCAACUAUGGCAGCAACGGAUCAGAUCAUCAAAGACUUGAAAACUAAGUGCAUUAUGAACUACGCUAAGGGUUGUGAGGACUUUAGGGACUAG